GAGCCAGUGUACAUCCGCGCGAGAAACGCAUCGUACGCGCGCCUUAUUUUAAAAUAUUCCACUCGAUUUAAGUUAAACCGAAAACGGACUUACGAUCGCCUUUAGGAGCAACAAGGGACCCUUUUCGACCAACCCUGCGCUCCAACCGAUUCAAAUCGAUCGUGGGGGAUGAUGUUUCCCUGUGGAGGAGAUCCCCAUGAUUCACUGUUCUCGCGUCGCUUUUCAAAGCAGGACGUUUUUUGCAUUGAUUUUUCUUUUGAAAACGGCACUCGGAAGUGGUUUUUCUGAAUUAAAGUGGUGAAACUGAUAAUAGACGAAUAAUAUUUAAGAGUUUUUUCAUCGUUUUAUAUCGUUGUUUUGAAAAAGAACAUGCUUUUGCCAACGUCGAACGCGAACUGCCCAAUAGGGUUUCAGAACGAUAUUUAUAACGAUGUAGUGGAAAAAAGUAAAUUUUUAACGUUGAAAUGCACUGGGAAGAAGAGCGUUAAUCACCCGCCUAGGAGUAAAAGUGCUGAUAGGAACAGGUUUAGGUUUUGCGCUUGUACUGGUCCUAGGAAAAGUAAUAAAAAAAGUGCUAAGUGGUAUGUCAAGCAGCCCACAUGGCGGCUUUGGGGCGAAGAGAAGGCAGAUGGCGCUCUCUAUACGGUUUAUCUAAAGAAAGUAAGAUAUCAUCGGCCGACAAGGAGCCUUUCUUCCUCACAUUCGGACUCAGAUGAUGAAAUUUCCCAUCUAGAAUGGGAAACCGUACGGGUACGCUUCGUAAAAGCGGGCACAUUAAAAAAAUUGGUAGAGGCACUUUCUACUGACGACGGCGAACUGGAAACUACCUACAUCAACGUAUUUUUGGCGACUUAUCGUAGUUUUUCCACCGCCAAAGAGGUUCUGAAACUGCUGUUGGAACGCUACGAAGAGCUCAGCGAGUCGUCUCAAAAUGGCAGACCGGAGCAACAUGACCAACACAAAAAAACUCUUAUAUCUGCCCUCCACGUGUGGCUCGAUAGUUACCCGGAAGAUUUCAAGGACCCUCCGAAUUAUUCCGCCCUCAGGUUACUGCUCAAUUUUACCGAAGAUUAUUUGCCAAAUACAGAGCUGGAUGCCAAAGUUCGUCAUAGAUUUGAGAGAUAUCAGAGGGAGGCAUAUGUGGACCCCAUAUUAGCACCACCACCGGCGUUUGCCAUGCGUAGCAUAGCUUCAGCUGGAUGGAGGAAUUAUAAGUUACCAGAAGUACCAGUCAGGCAUUUUGCCGAACAACUUACCAGAAUGGAUGUGGAUUUAUUUAAGAAACUAGUCCCACAUCAAUGUUUGGGAGCAGUUUGGUCGAGGAGGGAUCGAAGCCGUUCCCAUGAAGCUGCCACAGUAUUAGCCACAGUUAACCAAUUUAAUGCAGUAUCUUUUAGAGUAAUUUCAUCAAUAUUAGUAGAACCUUCUUUAAGGACCCAUGACAGGGCAUUACUCAUAAUCGCCUGGAUCGAUAUCGCUCAAGAACUGAGACUUAUUAAAAAUUUUAGUAGUUUGAAGGCUAUUAUUAGCGGACUUCAGAGUAAUCCUAUAUACCGGCUACAAAAGACCUGGCAAACAAUACCCAAAGAAAAAAUAGAGUUGUUUGACGAACUGGCCCGAAUUUUUAGUGAGGAUAAUAACCAAUUGGCGCAAAGGGAACUUUUAAUGAAAGAAGGAACCGCGAAGUUUGCAGAUACAGUAGGCGAAAACGACAAACAACUACAAAAAAUUAUCCAAAAACAAAACCAUCAUACAGCCAAUAUUUCCUUCGGUACAAUUCCAUAUUUGGGUACUUUUCUGACUGAUCUCACAAUGAUAGACACAGCGAUACCGGAUACAAUUGGGGGUGGACUUAUCAAUUUUGAUAAAAGGAGGAAAGAGUUUGAAGUAUUGGCACAAAUUAAGCUUUUACAGGGUGCUGCAAAUGCAUAUCAUUUUAUAGAGGAUCCAGCUUUUGAUAGGUGGUUUGACUCGAUUUUAGUUCUCGAUGAUCGGGAGGCUUAUCAACUUAGUUGUCAGAUUGAACCGCCAAUUAAUGGGCAUCAAAGAAAGGACAAAACCAGCAAAAGAACAAAUCCAGGCCACCAAAAGAACGACUCAAUAACAAGCACAAGCAGCAGUAAUAGCUCCCAAUUUUAUUGUGAUAUUGACAGCAUCACUAGUUCACCGCACAACAGCAUCGACAGGAAGAUGAGUCCCAGCCAAAUGUCACAUUCCAGCAGCAAUUCGUCCCUCCCCAGUCUGGAUAUCAGCUUAAACAGUUCCCACUCGGGUAGUGCAACAAAUCGCCUACAAGUGCCUUUAUCCAAUAACUCGGGAACGCUCAGUAACAGUUCACAAAAGAGCAGUCCGGACUUUUAUAUAAUAAAGGUCACCCUUGAAACCGAUAACUCAGAAACGGAGGGGGUCGUUUUAUAUAAAAGUAUUAUGCUGAGCAAUAAUGAGAGGACCCCUCAAGUUAUAAGGAAUGCCAUGUACAAAUUAGGGUUGGAGGGCAACCCUGACCAGUAUACACUUGCUCAAGUAUUGCCUGAGAAAGACAUGGUUCUUCCAGCCAACGCCAACGUGUACUACGCAGUCAAUACCGCACAUAACCUCAACUUUAUCCUUCGGUCGAAGAAAUCUGAGGAGGCAAACAGUAAGGGUUUUAAAAAGUCUAAAUCAUAGCAUACGCUAAGAUGGGACAGUUUUUCAGAGCUUUGAUUCUUAUUGACUGAAGCAGACAUUUCAUAUGUAGGUCUCUCUUGUGUCUCUCUUUUUUUCAUGUAUAAUUAGAAUAAUCGUAGAAGCAACUGUCCCAGUAAAAUAACAACUUUGUAGAUAUUAUAGAUUAUUGUGUUUUUUUUUGUUUUAACAAAUUGAAUAACGUAACAACUGUGAUAUAAGUCAAGUUAUAUACUCUUUCAUCACCUUUUUAUAUACCGUUUGAUGUAUAAAUAUUUUUUUAGUUAUUUAUUUUGUAGCUCAGAUUUUUUUACCAGUUUUGAUUACAUAAACAUUAGAGUUAGAGUAGUUUACGUUACAUAUUUGUGACACGGUUUUUAAGUGGAAGUUCUAAAGGAUUUUAUCAAAUUUUUGAUGGUGCUGAACUACAACUGCCUGUAUAAAGUAUAUAAGUAGGUUUUUGUUUUAACUAUCAGCUGUAUUAGCUUUAACAAGUAGUGGAUAUUAAAAACUUUUCCUUUAUAAACCACAAAAAUCCCUGGUGUGAACUGAAUUUAUUGUUAAAUUAAAAGCAUAUAUUUUUUACUUAUCUUUUACCCAGAGGCCACGGCUUAUGGUUUUAUUAGUCGCAUUAUGGAACUGCAAAUUUUUAUAUAAAUUUUUAAAUGCUUCGUUUGUAUAAUCGUAACGCUAUUUUUCAGUUUUUUAAUCAUGUAUAUUACUGGUAAAUAUGUAGAUCUGAUCACAUGAGGUACUUAUUUUAUAGAAAAUUAUGUGUUUGUUUUUAGCAUCCAUAGAUCUUGUACUUUAUACCUAUUAUCUUGUAUUUUUCUAAUAAAAAAUUGUUAACAUUAA